AAGAGUGUAUAUGAAGUACAUCCAAUUUGCUUGAUAGUUGAUGCUGACGUUCUUGACAAUUAAUGCGGACAUUUUAAACAAGCACAACGCAUAAGGUGAUGAUAUAUUUUAACAAAACAAUAUUAUUGUAAAUCAUUCGACAUGGCCAAGAUCGUUCAUUUUUUAUACACUUACUUGUUUUAUCUGAACGCACGACAGUCAUUAGCGUCAAAUGUGUCCAUAUCGUCAACCAUGUCUAUAGAUGUAUUGCCCGACGGAUGUCAAAAUCUUCUGCAAUCAUUUGCUAACGAGACGGCUAGGUUCACACUAUGUGUAGUAACUAAUGCUCGACCAAUCACUGUAUGCGAAAAAUGCGUAAAUGAGUUCAAUCAAGUAUUCAAGAGAUAUGAGGAAAUUCAAAAGUUACAUAACAACGAUAGUGAGGUAGACUGUCGAGCAGUUUUGACUAAUAUUGAUCGCUUACAAGUGGUAUAUGCAAGUUAUAACUAUGUGUUGGACAUGUGGGAAAAGGCUUCUUGUAAAUUGUGUUUAAAUGGUACUGUUUUUAAUGACAAGACAAGAGGAGUGAUGAUACGAGGUGAUAAUUUAGAUAAGUGUAUAUCCAAACAUAUAAAUAACACAAAACUUUCAAACACAUCACUUUGUGCUGACUGCAAACAAUACUAUGUAAACUUAACCAAUUACUAUAAUAAGCAUAAAAAUGAUAACACAUUUUGUAUGGAUGUCGUUGAUUUGAUCAACAACACUCAAAGUGACUGGAGUUUAAAAUGGAAAUGUCAUGAAUCAAACUAUGAGUCUGAAUGGGUAUUACUUGUCAUUUCAUUUAUUGUACUUUUACUGCCUAUUUUAUUUUAUUUUAUCAAUUGGUUAAUAUCUCAGGAAAGAUCAAAUGUAUUAUUAUCACAAAACCGUUGGCAUCAAAGAUUUACGAGUAAUGCAGCAUCGACUUCCGGUUACGUUGUCAUAUCCUAAGUUAGUGUUAGUGCUGAUUGGACUAUCAGCACUUUUAAAAUGUAUAUUAUAUUUAUUAUAUUGUGACUCAAGUAUGUUAUGUAAGAUAAUAUGUCUAUUCAUGUAAAAUCAAUAAUUGUUAAGUUAAUUAAUCAUAUUAAGUGUGAACUGUGAUAUUCGGAAAUUAUGAGACAUAAAAAAUAAAAAUAUACAAUUAUGAUAUAUGUUCAACCUACAUCUGAA